GUCCCCGGCCGGCCAGGCUGUCCACUGCGCCGCCCUCUACAGCCUCCCUCCGCCCCCGGCUGGACGCGGCGCGCGUGGUCCCCGCGGCCUGGCGCACUCGCGGGGCUCCGUGCGCCUGCAAGCGGCGCGUCGCCUCGCCACGCCGGAGCUGCGGGUUGCAGCGGGAGCUGCGGGUCCAGGAGAUCAGCGGGAGCAGCGGGCGCGGGCGAACAGCCCGGGAGCAUGCCCGCGCAGCCCCGCUGAAUGGCGCCUCCCGUGCGCCCGGGGAUGCUGCCCCUGCUGCUGUUGCUGUUACUGCCGCCGCUCGGCUCGGUUCCAGGAGUGUGGAGCUUUAGCGAACUGUUUUUCAUGAAAGAACCACAGGAUGCAACAGUCACCAGGAAAGACCCAGUCUUUUUAGAUUGCCAGGCUCACGGAGAAGGUCCCAUUAAGGUCACAUGGUUGAAAAAUGGAGCAAAACUGUCUGAAAAUAAACGGAUCCAGGUUCUGUCUAACGGCUCUUUAUACAUCAGUGAAGUGGAAGGCAGGAGGGGAGAGCAAUCGGAUGAAGGAUUUUAUCAGUGCCUGGCAGUGAACAAAUAUGGGGCCAUUCUUAGUCAGAAAGCUCUUCUGACAUUGUCAACUAUCUCUGCAUUUGAAGUCCAUCCAGUGUCCACUGAAGUCCACGAAGGAGGAGUUGCUAGAUUUUCAUGCAAGAUUUCAUCAACACCCCCUGCAGUCAUAACCUGGGAAUUUAAUAGGACCGCCCUGCCUGUAAACAUGGACAGGGUGACUGCCCUGCCCUCAGGGGUGUUGCAGAUCUAUGAUGCUGGCCCGGAGGAUGCUGGGAAUUACCGCUGUGUCGCAGCUACUAUAGCUCAUAAGCGGAAAAGCAUGGAGGCCUCACUGACCGUCGUCCCAGCUAAUGAGACGAGAUCCUUCCAUAUGCCAACCAUUGUAGCCAGGCCACAGAAUGUAACCGCGUCUCUACAUCAGACAGUCGUGCUAGAAUGUAUGGCCACAGGAUACCCCAAACCCAUCAUUUCCUGGAGCCGUCUUGAUCACAAGUCCAUUGAUGUCUUCAAUACUCGGGUACUUGGAAAUGGCAACCUCAUUAUAUCAGAUGUCAAGCUACAGCAUGCUGGAGUGUAUGUUUGUCGGGCCACCACCCCAGGCACGCGCAACUUUACAGUUGCUAUGGCAACAUUAACUGUAUUAGCUCCUCCUUCAUUUGUUGAAUGGCCUGAAAGUUUAACAAGGCCACGGGCUGGCACUGCACGGUUUGUAUGUCAAGCAGAAGGAAUUCCCUCACCCAAAAUGUCCUGGUUGAAAAAUGGAAGACGGAUACAUUCAAAUGGCAGGAUUAAAAUGUACAACAGCAAAUUGGUCAUUAAUCAGAUUAUCCCGGAAGACGAUGCUAUCUAUCAAUGCAUGGCUGAAAACAGCCAAGGAUCUGUUCUGUCUCGAGCUAGACUGACCGUGGUAAUGUCGGAAGAUAGACCCAGCGCUCCUUACAACGUUCAUGCUGAAACCAUGUCGAGCUCUGCUAUCCUCCUGGCUUGGGAGAGACCACUGUACAAUUCCGAGAAGGUCAUUGCCUACUCUGUGCACUACAUGAAGGCGGAAGGUUUAAACAACGAGGAGUACCAGGUGGUCCUGGGAAAUGACACAACGCAUCACGUCAUCGGCGACUUGGAACCCGCCAGCAACUAUACCUUCUACAUUGUGGCGUAUAUGCCAAUGGGAGCCAGCCAGAUGUCGGAUCACGUGACACAGAACACGCUAGAAGAUGUGCCCCUAAGACCACCCGAAAUUAGCUUGACGAGUCGAAGUCCCACCGACAUUCUCGUCUCCUGGCUGCCAAUCCCAGCCAAGUACCGGCGGGGCCAAGUGGUGCUGUACCGGCUGUCCUUCCGCCUGAGCACUGAGAAUGCCAUCCAAGUAGUAGAACUCCCGGGGACUGUGCACGAGCACCUUCUGGAAGGCCUGAAGCCAGACAGUGUCUAUCUGGUUCGGAUUACUGCUGCUACCCGUGUGGGGCUGGGAGAGUCAUCGGUGUGGACCUCUCACAGGACGCCCAAAACUACCAGCGUGAAAGCCCCGAAGUCUCCUGAACUGCAUUUGGAACCACUGAACUGCACUACCAUCUCUGUGAGGUGGCUGCAAGACACAGAGGACCCGGCUGCCAUCCAGGGCUACAAGCUGUUUUAUAAAGAGGAAGGGCAGCAGGAGCACGGACCUAUCUUCCUGGAUACCGGUGACCUGCUGUAUACGCUCAGUGGCUUGGACCCCAGAAGAAAAUACCACGUGAGGCUCCUGGCUUACAACAACUUGGAAGACGGCUACCAGGCCGACCAGACCGUCAGCACUCCCGGAUGCGUGUCUGUUCGUGAUCGCAUGGUCCCUCCGCCACCGCCGCCCCACCACCUCUAUGCGAAGGCUAACACCUCCUCUUCCAUCUUCCUGCACUGGAGGAGGCCUGCGUUCACCACUGCCCAAGUCAUUAACUACACCAUCCGCUGCAACCCCGUUGGCCUGCAGAACGCCUCUCUGGUUCUCUACCUGCAAACAUCAGAAACCCACAUGCUGGUUCAAGGACUAGAACCAAACACCAAGUAUGAAUUUGCUGUCCGCCUGCACGUGGGUCAGCUCUCCAGUCCCUGGAGUCCCGUGGUCUACCAUUCCACACUGCCAGAAGCACCCACAGGCCCCCCAGUCGGGGUGAAGGUGACCCUGAUAGAAGACGACACUGCCCUUGUUUCCUGGAAACCCCCAGAUGGCCCAGAGACAGUGGUGACACGCUAUACCAUCUUGUACGCUUCCAGGAAGGCCUGGAUUGCAGGCGAGUGGCAGGUCCUUCACCGAGAAGGGGCAGUAACCAUGGCGCUGCUGGAGAACCUGGUGGCGGGGAAUGUGUACAUUGUCAAGAUAGCUGCGUCCAACGAGGUGGGAGAAGGGCCCUUUUCAAAUUCCGUGGAACUGGCCGUCCUCCCCAAGGAUGCUUCCGAAUCCAACCAGAGGCCCAAGCGUUUGGAUUCUUCUGAUGCCAAAGUUUAUUCAGGCUAUUACCAUCUGGACCAGAAGUCAAUGACGGGAAUCGCAGUGGGUGUUGGCAUAGCCUUGACCUGUAUCCUGGUCUGUGUCCUCAUCCUGAUAUACCGAAGCAAAGCCAGGAAGUCAUCCGCCUCCAAGACCGUGCAGAGUGGAACACAGCCAUUAUCCCGAGCCAGUGCCUCUGUAGCAGCAGCGAGCGCCACAGGAAAGAACCUGGAGAGAGCUACAGAGAACGAGGAGUCCUCGGUUGCCAUGGUGCCCAGCAGCUUCAUCGACGCGAAGGGAGGGACUGACCUGGUCAUCAAUAGCUAUGGGCCUAUCAUUAAACACAACCCUAAGAAAAAGUGGCUUUUCUUCCAAGACACUAAGAAGAACAAAGUUGAACAGACUCAAAGAAGAUUUCCUCAGGCUGUCUGCUUUUACCAGCCAGGCACCACAGUGCUGAUCGGUAACGAAGACUCCCCCAGCUCCCCAGGCCAGACCACCAGCUUCCCAAGACCUUUUGGGGCUACUGCCCUCGACACAGAGCAUUCAGCGAACAGUGAAGGCAGCCAUGAGACGGGGGAUUCUGGGAGGUUUUCCCACGAGUCCAAUGACGAGAUACACCUGUCCUCCGUCAUCAGCAGCACACCGCCCACCUCGAAUUCCCUCGCUGGCAGUGAUUCCGAUGGGGAUGCUGCGCAGAAGCAGCACCGAGACCCUGCCCAGCCCUUGCGGGGCGAGCAGACCUCAGCCCCGCUGCCGCCAUCUGCAGGGCUGCGAUAUGCUGCCGCUGAGGGGUUUCCAGUUUAGACAGCCGUGCUCAGGUAUUCACAACAAGCAUCUGUUCGAAGGACAAUGAACAGGGAGCCAAAGCCUUUGUGAAAAGCUUGAUGUCUUACUGUUUAUCGUUUGUUUUGUUUUAUCUUUUUUUUAAAAUUUUUUUAUAAUUAUUUGUAAGCUCACGAAUUUUGAAUGUUUCAAUUGUCAACAAUGUGAAAGGGGGCAGUCAAGAUGCUUGACUGGACUCCAAGAUAUAUCACUGGAGCGGAGGGAGACUGCUUGAGCCCUCUGCUGAAUAGCUACCUCAGUUUGCUGUUGGUGGACUCUGAAGACAACUUUGCUGCCUUCUUCGUGUGCUGGUUUCUCUCAGCGGCAUAACCAGCGGGACUUCUAGUGACGCUGUGUGUCCAGUGUGUGUGUGACGUGUGUGACUGAGGAGUCCGAUAGGUAGAAGAGGAAGAAUGUUGAUCUGAAGCUCUGAUUUUUUUUUUUUUUUUUUUUAAAGAACUGUGACACCUGCAUGAUUUGGGUAAUGUAACACCUCUGGCUGUGAGGAGAAAAUAUGGAAGUAUAUUUAUUUGAAUGGAUGAAACAAAUACGUCUCUUUGGAGAAGAGAACCAUUCCAUAGUAUAUAGGGGAUCGUGUCCUUGCAAAGCUGCUGGGCUUGGGGCACCGGAGCAGGAGACCUUCGCUCCGGCCGCACAGGCCCGCCCUCAGCCUGCGAAGCCACCUUUCCCUUUGCCCCACAGCUGGCCUAGGGCUGCGCUGUCUCUUGUAGAACAUCUGAAGAGUUUCCAGAGCUAGCUGCAAAAUACAAUGUUGGAAAGCGGAUUUUUUUUUUUUUUAAUGAUUCAGAUUUUCUUUUUUAAAAUCUCAGUUUGGCUUCAAAUGGGGCAAAGAAGAAACCUUAUCAAAUAUUAAGAAUGAAGAUAAAUGAAACAAUAGAGUAAGACAAACGAGGUUUUCAUAAUAGUAGUGCCUUCCAUGAUGAAAAAUUUUGCCUUAUACCUUUUUAAUAUUCACAAAGAUGUUUAGGAAAAAAGGUACCCAAAAUUUGCCUUAAAAGAAAGCUUGGAUUUUAGCGAUAGCUGUUUUGCUAUCUGCACCUUGCUGGAGUUGUUCUCUUUUUGAAGUGCAGGUUUGCCCCACCACCACCCUAGCGGCUGAGCUCUUGGCUUUGUACCCCACUGACACGGGAAGUGAGUUCAUCCUCUGGUUUGAAAUCAACAAUCGUUUACUGCCUCUUGUCAUCACAAGGCAACGUGCUAGGUGCCGAGCCCCGCGGGAAGGACAACAACUGAGCUGUGAAGAGAAGAAGAAACAAGUCCUUAGCCUUUUAAAAUCAUGGAGUUUGCCCUCCCCGACAGUUUUUUGGAAAUGGCUUUUGAAUUGCAUUUUAAAAGAAGAACCCUCCGUGGGUUUUCCCUUGAAACCAUCCCGCCAUGCACAGACAAGGCAGGGCCAGCCAAAUGAUGUUCUAAAGUCAAGGGAAUUCUGCCACAUCAUCACCCCGGCGUCAUCUGCUGUGAAGGACUAACUCUGCCACAGUUUUCAUCGGGAUUCUAAGUUUUGUGCCAAAUUGGACUUGCUUAGAAGCUGAUGACAAGAUGUGCCAGGCGCCGCCUCUCAACACAGCUCUGUCCCUUUCACCGUGGGCUUCUCGGCAAAGUGGGGGGAAAAGAAAGAAGAAAAAAAGAAAGAAAAAAGCAGAGCUUUAGGUGAACAAUCGGAGGCGAGAAAAAUGGCUUCCUUCCCCUGCCUUCGCGCUCCUGUUUAUACUACCUCCGUUUUAAAGUUAUUCUAGUGUUACUGUUCUUUCCUGUACUCAGGGACUUUUUUGUUACUCUUGAGCUCAUGAUGCAUGGGCGGGUGCAUUGACAGGGUAUGGUGUUGUUAGGUUCGUAAGGAGAAGAAAGUGGGCCAACUUCUCUCAGUAUCUAAAAUGAAGGGGCACAAUGGGGUCGGUAGUUUUCAAAAGUCAGAAGCAAACAGAAUGUAAAGGAGAAACCAGGUUUAGGGCCAGACUUAUUUAAACCGUGGUCCCUGCCUGGAUCAUCUGAAAGACUGUGACCCGACAGCUCCGGAUGAAAGUGCUCUGUUUAAUGAUGACUAGGCCCUUAGUUAGGAUAGGCCUUUAGCUUAUAAUUAUUUGCUAGUUCAUUUUUGUUCUUAUACAGACUUUUCUGUCAAUUCUGUUACCAAAGAAUUUCCAAUAGACAGUAAAAUUUCUAUGAUAAGUACCUUAAAUCCAAUUCACUAGAAACAGCUAUAAAUAGACUCAAACACAAGUCAUUUCUAACCCUAAACCAAAGGGUUUACAUUGAUAGUUACAAUUAAUUAGGCUAGUGACAUAAACUACCUUACUGUCACCAGAGAAUUUAAAAUAAAUUGUUGUAAUUUCCUUGCCAGCAGAUGAUUACAAACUAUUUGAAGUGUAAGGUUUUUUUUCUUUCUUCAGCAAGUAAAGAAACUUUCAACUCUAUAGUAUUAAUGUAUUUUCAAAUUGUUGUAAUUACUUGUUGAAGAAAAAAAAUAAAUCUUACUACUAAUCUCACGGACUAAGGUAUUUAAUGUUCAACAGAGGUUCUCUGCUUGACGAGAGCCAGCUUCUUCAAAGUCCGAAGUACAGAAUUCUAACUAAAGUGUGCAGGUUAUCAUAUCUUCCUCAAGAUUUCAUUACUUCAUCAUAUUCAACUCCAAAUAAGCUGACAUGCAAAAUAGGAACUGUUUCAUUUUCCAAAAACAUAUUUGCUGGAAGUGGUAAUAACCUGCCUGCCUGUCCUUUUUAAUGUCAAAUAUUACAAUAUACUGCUCAUCAGUAUUUUCAUACCAAAGACCAUUAAAAAAUAUAGUUUAGCCUGUAAGUAAAGAUGAGCAGGUUUAAAAUAAGUUUAUUUAGAAGCAGAUAGGGAAGAUAGCUUUAGUGGCAAAAAGAAAAUAUCAAAAGGCUAAGUUUACAUAGUUAAAGACAAUAAAUACAGUUAUAUUGGUAUUUAUCAGUGUUUUUUAUUCGAGUACUUUAUAUCAGCAAAUUAAAAAGAAAUUAAAAACCAAAGAUAUUUAAGGUUACCUCAGAAUAUAGGGAAAUUUAGCUAUACAUUGAACUAUUGUUUGUUGUUUUAUGUUAACAAACUGUCUCUCUAGAACCUCUCCUUUGUGUCCAGACAGCAUCCUGAGGAUUUUCCAUGAAAUCUCAUUCAGCCACAGGGAUGUUUUUACUAAAUGGUGUGAUACUUCCAUACUGCCUGUGAGUGUGACAGGUCAGCAGAGAGAGCAUCAGGCUCCUCUGUUAUGGAGUACUAUGGGAACCCUAUAUCCUAUAUAGUCUGCAUUCCAAUGUAGAGUCGUUCCCUAGAUACCCAGACAGCUUCAGGAAAGCAAAAUGUGCCACUGUUUGGGUGAACAGAGCUUUGGGUUCAAGUUCGGUUCCUAAAUUGUUAGGUUUCAUUGUGUGAGAAAGCUGGACUUUCAACCUCAAAGGAAAACCUGUUAAAGUACCAAGAAGAUUAGAUACUACUGAUGUGUUAGAGGCUCUCUCACCUUUACCUCAGACAUGGGCGGUGGCAGCGAUACUGCAGUGACUGGGUUGUGCACUGUUUGUCUUUCUUCUGAAGGACUUCUGCAAAAAGCAUAAAGAAGGCUUAUAGCCGACUGGAGCACUAUUCAAGUCAUUAGAAAGACACCAUUGGAAACAGUGUUUUAGAGGCAGGGAUGAUGUCCUCCUGUAAUCAGUUGUAGCUGUCGGAGGGGGGUGGGGUGCAUUUUAGGAAGUGCUACCACACAUGGGUCAGUCAGAGCCUGUUGUAAUUCAUGAUUCGAUUCUGUACAUUUGCAUAUCAUCUGGCAUCCAUUUUGAAUACCAGAUGUGGGAAAGAGUUUGAACUGUAUUGUAAAGAGUUGGUACCUGAGGCCAACCAUGUAUUUUGCAAGAUUUUCUUCCUGAAAAUUUACUGCAUGGGUCCCUGAUAAAAUCGCUUUGGUAGAAGUCAAAAAAAAAAAAAUCACUCCUGGGCUGUGUGAGCACAGAGCGGUGGGUUCUGGAGACCACCAUCCACAUCUGUUUGUCUAAUUGUGAAUUUCGUUGACGUUUAGAAGACAACCGUAGGGUCUCUGCCAGGUUGUUCAUGCUCAGGACACAAGUUCACAGGCUGGCGCCAUGCUUGUGUUACAGGCUUAUCUAGCAGGUGGGUGACGUAUUAAUUUUCUUGCAAUUUCUUAACAAACUUGCACUAAUUUAGUGUCCGCAAAUAGCAACACACAGUGUUGGAGGUCUGUAGGUCAGAACUGUUUUCUUUUGGGGUCAGUUUCCUGCUGUGAAACUCUUGCUGUCCUGGAACCUGCUGUCUGUGUAAACCAGGCUGGCUUUGAACCCCUGGUCACCCUGCCGCCUCAUGUCCCACAGCCUGAGAUUGCAGUGGUGUGCCACCAGGCCAGCUAUAGGAUAAAGUGAAGGUGGAGACGGGGUCCGCGCUCCUUCCGAGACCUGAAGGAGUAAUCAAUCCGUUCCCUUGCUUCUUUCAGCUUUUGAAGACUGAACUCUUUCCUUCAGAGCCAGCCACAUAGCCUCUCUCCUCCUCCUCUUCUUCAGGCCCCUCAAAAGAAAAGUUGUUCAGUUUUAAGUAUUUGAUUAGAUUUGUCUGGCCUUCAUCAUCUGAGAUGAUGAUGUCUUACUUGAACCAUAUCUGACAGGUUUCCUUUGUCAUACAUGGUAAGAUUCUCACAGGUUUGAGGCAGUUCUCUGCAAGCAUCUGUGGGUGACCAUUAUUUUCCCCUACUGUAAUAUGGUAGGAAUCCAUCAAUUGUGUGGGAUUCCUCUCUCAGUAACAUGGUACUAGGUUUUCAAGAGAUAGCAAAUCUGAUGUUCCCUUGCCCCAUGGAGACCUUUGAAUUUUCAAAGACCAGAAAAGGUAGACACUGUAAUUUGUUGAAAGCAUCCAUUAAAAUCUCUCUCUGAACAUCCCUCAACGACAGUUCGACUUGAAGCAUUUUUGGAAACAAGCUUCAUUUACUUCCUAUCCCCUCCAGUCUGACCUAUGUUUUCA